AAUAACCUGGAAAUGUGAUUGUUGAACACUGGCGGGAGAAGUUUCCGGAGCUCGUAGCGAGUCAUUCAUUCAUGCGGUUAGCCACAUGCUAGGCUAGCUCUGGUUAAGCAGGAAGCUAAGAGAGUGCGGACGUGACAAAUGUGACGGUAACGUUUUUAAGUCAUGUUAGCUUCUCGUUGUCGAACGCUUUAUCAGUUUGUGAUCUUAAAAAGAGCUAUACGGGUUGUGCCAAAGUAAACGAAGGGAACAAUGGUGAAAUAUUUCUGCUGCGCAGGUUUGCUAAAAAACACCUGGGACCAAGUUUGCGUUGCUUACUGGCAACGAUAUCCCAACCCUUACAGCAAUCAUGUCUUGACUGAGGAUAUAGUUUUCCGAGAGGUUACUCCAACCAACUGCCUCAUUUCCAGACGUCUGUUGACCAAAACCAGUCGUGCACCUCGCUGGAUGGAGCGAUAUCUUCCAAAGCACAUGGCCAGCUCAGCGUACAUCAUUGAGGACUCCAUUGUGGACCCUCAGAAAAGGACCAUGACCACACUAACAUGGAACAUCAGCCACGCUCGCCUCAUGUCCGUGGAGGAGCGAUGUGAAUACCGAAUUAACCCUGAGAAUGGCAGCUGGACUGAGAUUAAAAGAGAAGCUUGGAUCUCUUCCAAUGUCUAUGGGCUCUCAAGAGCAAUUCAGGAAUUUGGUCUCGCGAGGUUCAAGACCAGCGUUACAAAGACCAUGAAAGGCUUUGAAUAUGUGCUCGCCAAAAUGCAAGGCGAGACUCCGUCAAGAACCUUAGCAGAAACAGCGACAGAGCGGGCAAGAGAAACAGCACUGGCAGCUAAAGAGAAAGCCAAAGACCUCGCCUCACAGGCUCAGAAGAAACAAUAUGUGUGACAAGCUACGUGAAUCACUAAUGCUGGGACAGAUUUAUAAUUACCCCCUCUCUCAUUGUUCCGUCAAGCACUGGGGUACGACAAACCGGUCCCAGUCACGGGUGGACACCUCUGUGAGGACACAUCCCAACUGAAGUGGUGGGUGGACCAUAAAAGGCCUGAGCUGGGUUCAGGAGCCUGUUCCAGCCUCCCUGCUCAUGUCACUCUGAGUAUAUUAUACCUCUGCAUCAUUUCAGUGUUCACCAGAGAUCUUAGAGAGGAAUGGCCGAGUGUAGCUCUGAGUGCCAUAAAAUGAUGAUGGCCAACUCUGAAAGUGUUCCUCAGAUGACCAAUGUUUGCUUUCUGCUCCGUUCUUUUGAGUACGCCACGUCAUUUUGUAAUUCUUUACAGCUUCUUGUCUUGUCGGUAGUUAAACAGAAUUCAUGAUGAGUGCGUUCUUGUUCAUGAUUUGUUUCUGUUGUGUUAAUCUCGCAUACAAUCAUGUUGUCUGUUAAUUCUGUGUUCAAUGUUACCUUAAUCAUUCUAAUAAGACUGAUCAUCUCAUUGCUUUGAGUAGAAGCGCAUUUAUUGAAGAAGAGUUCGUAGUGUUGGCAGUCAAAGUUUAAUUAAAAAUAUCUACUUGGCCCCUCUGAUACUGCAGUAACAGAUGGUUGCAGUGGAUAGAAUUGUUUUGAUUUCAUCUAAAAAUCAGUUAAAAAGGCAUAAAGAAUGCCUUGCAAUGUACUUUGAGCUUAGGCCUGGUGGUGCAAAGAUGUAUCUCCCUCUAUGAACAGACUAUGAGCUUGUCAAUAAAUGCACAUUUUCUAAUCAUAA